AUGUUCAUGUUCACAGAACUCAUCUCCUCUCCUGGAUGUAAGCGAGUAUAACUUACCAGGGAUGUAACUGAACAUUUUUUUCUGCAGUGCAUUUCUACUGGGUGAUCCAAGAUGGCCAGGAACUGCUCCGAGUGCAAGGAGAAGAGGGUGGCACACAUCCUGUGCACCUACUGCAACCGCUGGCUGUGCAGCUCGUGCACCGAGGAGCACCGGCACGGCCCUGCCCCCGGGGGCCCGCUCUUUUCUCGGGCCCACAAGGGACCGCCAGGAGUGAGUGGCGGUUCUGGAGACUUCGCCUUGUACUGUCCUAUACACACACAGGAAGUGCUCAAGCUAUUCUGCGAGACCUGUGAUGUGCUCACGUGCCAUAGCUGCCUCAUGGUGGAUCACAAAGAACACAGGUGCAGACAUCUUGAAGAAGUUUUGCAAAACCAGAGGAUGCUUCUAGAAAGUGUGACUACACAGGUGGCUCAUAAGAAAUCUAGUCUACAGACAUCUGCAAAACAAAUUGAGGACAGGAUUUUUGAGGUGAAGCAUCAACACAGGAAGGUGGAAAACCAAAUCAAAAUGGCCAAGAUGGUUCUGAUGAAUGAGCUGAACAAACAGGCCAACGGGCUCAUAGAGGAGUUGGAGGGCAUUACUAAUGAGAGAAAGCGGAAGCUGGAGCAGCAGUUACAGAGCAUCAUGGUCCUCAACCGUCAGUUUGAACAUGUGCAGAACUUCAUCAGUUGGGCCGUCUGCAGCAAAACCAGUGUCCCUUUCCUGUUCAGCAAAGAGCUGAUUGUGUUUCAGAUGCAGCGAUUGCUGGAGACAAACUGUAACACAGAUCCAGGCUCCCCCUGGAGUAUCAGAUUCACCUGGGAGCCUAACUUCUGGACCAAGCAGCUGGCUUCCCUUGGCUGUAUAACUACUGAAGGUGGACAGCUGUCCCGGGCAGAUACUCCUGCUUAUGGAGGCUUACAGGGACCGUCAUCCUUUUAUCAAAGCCACCAGUCCCCAGUGGCUCAGCAAGAACCUCUUAGCCACCCCUCGCACAAGUUCCAGUCUCCAGCACUGUGUUCCUCCGCUGCGUGCUGCUCCCACUGCUCCCCAGCCUCACCCUCCCUCAAAGGCCAGGUCACCCCCGCCAGCAUACACCCAGCCCACGGCUUCAGGCAGCCCUCUGAGAUGGCACCGCAGCAACUGGGGUCUCUGCAGUGCUCUCCCCUGCUGCCCAGGGAGAAGGAGCUGGCUUGCAAUCCUCAGCCCCCAAAGCUGAUGCAGCCCUGGCUGGAAAGCCAGCCACCCGGGGAGCAGGAGAACCCAGCCCAGCGGCUCGGGCCGCAGCUGACUUCCCAGCCUGUAUGCAUCGUGCCCCCACAGGAUGUUCAGCACGGGGCGCAUGCCCAGCCCACCUUGCAGACCCCCUCUAUCCAAGUGCAGUUCGGCCACCACCAGAAGCUGAAGCUCAGCCACUUUCAGCAGCUGCCGCCGCAGCAGCUGCCCCCUCUACCCCCUCCGCCACCUCCACCCCAGCAGCAGCCACCACCUCUACCUCCACCCCAGCAUCCGGCUUCUAGUCAGCAUGGCAGCCCUCCUGGGCCUGCCUGUUCCCAGAACGUGGAUAUAAUGCACCACAAAUUUGAGCUGGAGGAGAUGCAGAAGGACCUGGAGCUUCUCCUUCAGGCUCAACAGCCCAGCCUACAACUGAACCAGACCAAAUCCCCUCAGCAUCUUCAGCAAACCAUUGUGGGGCAGAUCAACUACAUUGUGAGGCAGCCAGCGCCCGUCCAGUCCCAGAGCCAAGAGGAUGCUGUGCAGGCUUCAGAGGAGCCCCCAGCAUCAGAAGACCCAAAGCCAGCUGUCCCUCUUGACAAGAAUACGGCUGCUAGCUCGCCCCAGGCGCCUGGGGAGGAAACCCCUCCCGGUGCACCCGCACUGGACGGCACCAUCCGGCACCCCUCUCCGAAUGUGGUGAGAAAGCAUUCCACUUCGGUUAGCAUCAUGGGGUUUUCCAACACGCUGGAGAUGGAGCUGUCAUCUACCAGGCUGGCAAGGACCCUAGAGCCACAGAUCCAGAGUGUGAGCAGCCUGACUGCUGCACCUUCCCACAUGGUCCCAAGCCUGCUGAGUGGCACGCCCACAACUGUGUCCGGCCUGAUGAGCGGUCAAAACCAGGCUAUGCCCAGCCUGACAGCCAGUCAUCUGCAGACCAUACCCAGCCUCGUACGCAGCGUGCCCCAGCCCAUGCCCAGUCUGAUGAGUGAUUCCUCCCAGGCCAUCCCAAGCCUAGCAAGUGAUCACUUGCAGGCCAGGCCCAACCCGAUGUCCGGUCUCACCCAGACUAUGCCGAGUCUGGCAACUUGUCCUCUGCAGAACAUGCCUCCAGCAGCUGACAUGCAACCUGAAAGUGGCUCCAGCUGCAGUCCUGGCUCUGGCCGAGCUGGAGGGAGCCUGUGCCCUGCUGAUGUGGCUGACCCCUCUCUUGGGAAUGCCCUGUGUAAGAUGGAAAAUGAGGAUUCUACCCGCUUCACUGACUCUCUGGGACAAGACCCCACAACCCUGGGUCUGGAGGUUUCCAAGGAUUUGGCUAUGCCUGCAGAAUUGGAGGAGCCAAUUAACCUCUCUGUGAAGAAACCUCCACUGGUCCCAGCGGUCAACACAUCCAUGGCUCUGCAGCAGUACCGGAACCCAAAAGAGCAUGAGAGUUUUGAGCAAGGAGCCCUGGAGCUGGAUGCAAAAGAGAACCAGAGUAUCAGGCCCUUCAGUAGUGAGCCUAAGAUUCCCUACGUGCGGCUGGAACGGCUCAAGAUCUGUGCGGCCUCCUCGGGAGAGAUGCCAGUGUUCAAGUUGAAGCCCCAGAAGAAGGAGCAGGAUGGGAGCUUCCUGCUGAUCAUUGAGUGCGGCACUGAGUCCUCCAGCAUGUCCAUUAAGGUCAGCCAGAACAACCUGCCUGAUGCCGUCCAGGCCCCAAGUCUGGGGGGAAGAAAGGUCACUGUCACUUCUCUGGCUGGGCAGCAGCCCCCAGAGGCGGAGGGUGCAUCUCCUCAGGAACAAAGACUCAUUCCUCGGACCCCUGGAGCCAAGAAGGGGCCCCCAGUACCCAUAGAGAACGAGGACUUCUGCGCCGUGUGCCUCAACGGGGGGGAGUUGCUGUGCUGUGAUCGCUGCCCCAAAGUGUUCCACCUCUCCUGCCACCUGCCGGCCUUGCUAGGCUUCCCGGGGGGAGAUUGGGUGUGCACCUUGUGCCGCAGCCUGACCCAGCCCGAGAUGGAGUACGACUGUGAGAAUGCCCGCUAUUGCCAGCCUGGGACGCGGGCCACCCCUGGCCUGAGCAUCUGCGACCAGAAGAAGUGUGAAAAGCUGGUCCUGUCCUUGUGCUGCAAUAGCCUCAGCCUGCCCUUCCACGAGCCCGUUAGCCCGCUGGCCCAGCAUUACUACCAGAUUAUCAAGAGGCCCAUGGACCUGUCGAUCAUCCGGAGGAAGCUGCAAAAGAAGGACCCAGCUCACUACACCACCCCGGAGGAGGUGGUGUCCGACGUCCGCCUCAUGUUCUGGAACUGUGCGAAGUUUAACUAUCCUGACUCAGAAGUUGCGGAGGCCGGCCGCUGCCUGGAAGUGUUCUUUGAGGGCUGGUUGAAGGAGAUCUACCCGGAGAAACGUUUUGCCCAGCCAAGGCAGGAGGACUCAGACUCCGAGGAGGUGUCUAGCGAGAGUGGGUGUUCCACUCCCCAGGGCUUCCCAUGGCCCCCCUAUGUGCAGGAGGGCAUCCAGCCCAAGAGGCGGCGACGUCACAUGGAGAACGAAAGAGCAAAACGAAUGUCCUUCCGCCUGGCCAGCAGUGUCUCCCAGGUGUGAGCAGCCUGGCGGCUGGUGCCCCAUCCUGUCGACCACUCCUCCCCACCUUUCAGCUCAUUCUCUUCGGAUCGUGGAUGUGAGACGAGUCUUGUCGAGCUGUGUAGUGCUCUUCUUUGCCGUUUGCAUCUUACAGCAUUCAUUUGAGAGCCAUAGUGCAUCCACUACAGAGAAGAUUUCAGUAAUAAACAGCAAAGAGGGAGGUGUUCCCGAUUACCAGAAAAA